UAGUGAUUAAACUGCUUGUGCCUGGUAAGGAUGGCUACAUUUGAUGCAUGUAGCCGCACAUGGCAAGUACCAUACCGACCUGCCAUAUUCAACCCGUGUGCCAAUCUUGGCCAGAUACUGAUCAAUGUUUUGGAGAGAGCACCAGAGAAAAUUAUACAGCUCAACGUGGAUACUGACGCUGUGGUUACCUGCACGCAGAUGCGACUCCGAUCUAUACGAUUUGCUCGGUUCCUUACCUCUUGCGGAUAUGGCAAAGGAGACGUUUUAGCCUUGGUGGCCCGAAACUCUUGCCAUGUGGUUCCAGUAGUAUUUGGAUGCUUCAUAGCAGGCCUUCCGAUCAACACAAUCGAUCCAUCCUUUGAGUUACGUGAAAUCGUGAAUAUUUUGAGGCUCACCCAACCAAAGCUCAUCGUCUGUGACGCCGACAGAAUGGCUGUACUCCGACAGGCCAACGAGCAGCUGCAGCUCCGAAUCGUUAACUAUGGCGUGCUGCUGAUGACCCCAACAGACGAGCUGAUGCCAGAUUGCUAUUCGAUAGACGAACUGCUGCAAAAACCGUGCGAUGGUGAAAGUGAUUUCGUUCCUCAGUACUUAGGAGAUUCGAAUCUGCUAACAGCGGCUAUAGUGUGCUCGUCUGGUACUACUGGACUGGCGAAAGCAGUACGCAUUUCACACGCUCAGCUCAUAACACCAUACGGCCGAAUUAGCCAACUCGACCAAAAUGAUACAAUCCUGUCUUUUAGUACGCUGUUUUGGAUUUCUGGGUACCAGAUGCUAAUGACCAGCAUCCUUAACGGUAUCCGGCGGCUAAUUACGACCAAGUUGGCCACUGCCAAGUAUGCCAUUGAGCUAUGCAAUAGAUACAACGUGACAAUCUUAUUCAUGACUCCGUCACUAGCUACGGACGUCCUACUGACGCUGACAGAUUCGGAACGAUUGCGGUCACUAAAGAUAUUCGCCAUCGGGGGUAGCACUGUGCCGCUAGCCCUGCGUCAAUCAAUUAUCCGGAAGGUGCUGGUUGAAGGGCAGGGUCGGUGUGUCGUUGGCUAUGGUAUGAGCGAACUAGGGGGACCAGUAUCGUACGAGAUGAUACCACGUGAAAAUUCUGUUGGCACACUCCUUUCUGGAAUUAAAGCUAAGGUCGUUGGCGAACUAAACACACCAUUAGGUCCAGGCGAAACUGGUGAGUUGUUCAUCAGACCUACGCAUCCGUUUCUUGGCUACUGCGGUGACGAGCAGGCUACGGCGAAAAUACUAGACGAGCAUGGUUUCGUGCGCACUGGCGACAUAGCCUAUUUCGAUCAUGAUGGCUUCUUGUAUUUGGUCGACCGCAAGAAGAAUAUUUUAAAGUAUGACGGAUAUCAAAUCUCACCAUCCGAACUAGAGGCAACUAUUUCACAGAUACCUGGUGUUCGUCAGGUCGUCGUCGUUGGGAUACCCGAGCCCGGUCGGGAGUUUAAUGAUUUGGCCACGGCCAUGGUAGUUUUGAAUAGCAAUGAAAAGCGCUCUGCUGAUGAGGAACUAACUGAGCAAACAAUAAUCGAUCAUUGUGCGAUGGUGACCGGUGGACAACCGGCCCACGAAAACAGACGACUUCGUGGAGGGGCAAUGUUCAUCAGUAGUUUACCAAUGACUGCAAGCGGGAAGGUAAGAAGAGACGUCGCAAAACAAAUGGCAAUUAAUUUCCAUCGCAACACCCUUGCGUCUAAACCACAGUUGUCUGAUCAGUGACCCUUUAUUUUGUACUAUUAAUUUUGCCGCAACUCUGCUUAGGUUUAGCACGGCAAAGUAAUCAUCGACAUCAAAUAUUGUUCCUUGGUUUUGUUGGUGACUGGCCUUUUCAUUGCCAUGGUUAAGUGUUCGACAAUUAUUUUAAUCUUGCUUUCGGUUGUCGCCAUUAUUCUUUUUCGUUGACUUUUGGAAGUCUUUUAAAGCUUUGCUUUUCAUAUUCUCCUUCGGUACUGUCUUGUGUUUUGGAACGUUAAUACCAGCGCGAAUGAAACGUUUAGCCGCCGGUUGAUGAAUUCUGGGUCUGCAGUAGAUGUUUUCGUGAACUUCAUUUGUUCGAGAUAAUGUAGAUUGCACCCGUUGUAGAUUUUGUUUGGUGGUUAGCUGACGGAA